CAAAACUCACGUGGCCACCACAAAGUUUCCAAUGGCGGGCAUUCAAUCCCGCUGCUGCAUGUAGUGUGGCCCACCUGAGUUUUGAAUCUUCCUGAUUUUUGUACUAUUGUCCUGCUGUGAUCUUGAGGAACUGAUGAACGGAGUAGAUUUGUCACGGGUACAUCUGCGGGCCCUACAUAGCUUCCAACCACAGGAACUUCAUGUGGCGAAGGCGCACAGGCAAGUCGCGUCCCUCUCAAAUGAGUCUAGUCCGUCAACGAGCCGUGUACAAGAAAAGGGCGAGCUCUUCUCCAUCUUCUCCUUCCUCAGCUGGAAAGACAGUAAUGGUCUAGGGUCAGGGUUUGGGUUUCUGCUCGUUUCUUCACAGCAUCGUCUCCUUCAUCUCCACGCCAUGGAAAUUAAUCACCUCCUCAUCCUCGCCAUCAUUGCCUCCUCUCUAUUUUCCAUCAUGGCCGGAAAGGUUGACUCUCUAGAGUCAGUUCCCGAUCUUGAGAAGGCAAUGUACUUGACUAUUGAUGGCUAUCCUUGUGUGAGGCUAUUGAAUCUUUCUGGUGAAAUAGGUUGUGCAAAUCCUGGUCGUGGAAAGGUUGUUGCUCCCAUCGUGAGAUUCAAAAACGCUGAUGAGAAGUUGGCACGUUCUUCUGCAGUUUUGGUAUCAUUAGAUGAAAUGAAGAAUUUCUUUCUCAGGGUAUCAAAAGAUCUGAAUUUUGCACAAAAAGUAGCUGGAGUUUUAGUUGAAUCAAAGGCUGUAGUUCAAAAUGAUUUACCAGGUUUGCAAAGAUUUUCACCGGUUGAAAAAUUUCCACAAGCUGAAUUUGCACCAUACCAGAAACCCAGUUAUGAAUGGAAUCCUGCUGGAUCUGGCAUUAUGUGGGAUCGCUACAAUUUCCCUGUAUUUUUACUCUCUAAGAAUAGUACUCUAAUCAUUCAAGAGAUUGCCAGUAAGAAUGAGAAGAGCAAUAAAGCGUAUCCUGUAGAUGUUGCAGAGUUUGAUCUGGUCAUGCAGACAACCAAAAUUGGAACUCAUGAUUCAGAAACCUGUCUAAAGGAACAGUCUUGUCUGCCCUUAGGUGGAUACAGUGUUUGGUCGUCGCUACCACCAAUUAAUGUUUCAUCACUUAAACCACCCAAGCCUAUCAUAUUAGUAGUGACAUCUCUGGACUCUGCAUCAUUUUUUCGCGACAAAAGUCUUGGUGCCGAUUCUCCUUUAUCUGGAAUGAUUUCAUUGCUGGCUGCAGUUGAUGCUCUUUCUCAUAUUGAUGGUGUGAAUGAGCUUAGGAAACAGCUUGUUUUUGUAGUUUUCACUGGAGAAGCAUGGGGAUAUCUGGGGAGCCGGAGGUUUCUGGCUGAACUGGAUAUGGGUUCAGAUGUUGUUAGUGGCCUUAACAUCACACUAAUUGAACAGGUCUUGGAGAUUGGUUCUGUUGGGAAAGGUUCAAGAGAAGGGGCCACUAAUUUUUUUGCUCAUGUAGUAGGGGAGUCAUCUGGUGCAAAAGAAAUGUUGAAUGCCUUACAAGGUGCCUGUGACUCUCUUGGCUCGGAGAGAAUAAAGAUCAAAGUGGCAAACAAUUCAAAUCCUGGCAUACCCCCAUCGUCAUUGAUGACAUUUAUAAGAAAGAAUUUGUCAGCAUCUGGGGUUGUUUUGGAAGAAUUUAACUCGGCCUUCAUGAACAACUUCUACCACAGCCAUCUUGAUGAUUCAUCGAAUGUUAAUUCUACAUCAAUAGUUGCGGCCGCAUCUCUUGUUGCUCGCACCCUCCUUGUUCUUGCGGCCGGUGACUCACAAUCAAGCACACCAGUUCUUAACUCUAUCAAAAUUAAUGUCUCUUUGGUCGAGGAAUUGGUGGGAUGCCUGUUGAAUUGUGAACCUGGGCUUUCUUGUGGCCUAGUGAAGGAUUUCAUUACACCGAGUAGCAUCUGCCCAAACCAUUAUGUUGGAGUUUUCCUUGGACCACCUUCAGCCUUGCUGUAUCCUGCAUAUGUGGAUGACACAUCUCGGUUUGUUUGGAAUUUUCUGGCUGAUAGGACCUCCAUCCCGACCGAUAAUUCGAGCUCUUGCACAGGAGAGUGCAGUAAUCCAGGUGAAGUAUGCAUAAGGCCAGAAAGGGAUGGGAAAGGCAUUUGUGUGAUCUCGACAACCAGGUAUGUUCCGGCGUAUUCGACACGGUUGAAGUUUGAAGCUGAGUCUUGGCAUGUAUUACCUGCCAAUGCUUCUGAUCCAAUGGGGAUGGUUGAUCCCAUUUGGACAGAAAGCUUUUGGGAUACCAUCAGCCUGCGGGUUUACACCGUGCAGAGCUCAGCUUACGAUCGUUUCAUCCUUCUUGGGGGAGUCGCUGUCACCAUUGCUGCUUACAUUGCAAUAAUAGCCGCUAGAGCAUUUUUUACGAAGGCCCUCAAGCACGACUGAAUAUCCGUCUAUUUUUUCGGGUAAGUCACUGGAACGAUUCUCUUGAUGGGCAAUAUAUUGAAAGGAUGUUGUUGACCAACUUGCCCCUCAAAUGCGAAAUUGAUUGGCCUUUGUUGAACUGGAUUGAGCUGAUGUAGUUGGGACGGUUUCGUCAUUUGAGUGGUAUAUUUGGGCAUUCAUGGCUGAGUAAUUUUUGUACAAUGCUUUGCAAUGCAAUGUUACAUAAAGAAAGUACUGAGGUGAUUCAUGGAAAUUUGUACCAGCUUAGCAAAAAAAUCUACUAAUAUCAAUGUGAGGACUGUUUUCUGUCUUUUUA